AUGGACAAUGUCACCGUCGAUGCAGAGCUGGUCCGCGAGAUCUUUCUCCAGGGCUGCCUCCAUCUCAUUGGGAUUUCGCUCUUGUACUACGACCAUCUCAUCACCUUCGGCGUCGAAUUUCGUCGUCUGUGGAGGCGCAAGCGGACAUCGAGCGCCAACUGGUUCUUUUCCGUGCGCUAUGCCGGUCUGCUUGGAAACACCUCGAUCACCGUUCUCGCGUUUUACACACUGGCGGACAAGUGGUGUGGGGUUUACCAUAUCAGCCACCAAAUCGUGAUAGUUGGGACACAGUUUUUGGUCUGCAUUAUCAUGCUCCUGCGGACUUACGCAUUAUACAACAGGAACCGCUACCUCAUCGCGGUUCUUUUGCUAAUUUCCGCUUGCCUCGUCGCAGUCGUCAUCUGGUCAAUUAUUGGCCAAGAGUCGCGCAACAUCGAAGGGUUUCCGGGCUGUCAUGUCAUUGUGAGCCGGGCUACUCAAUACCAUCUAGCAGCAGCCUGGGAGGCGCUCUUCGUAUUCGACACUCUCAUCUUCGCUCUGACCCUCUACAAGACUUGGUCGACUUGGCGGAUUGUGGGCUCUUACCGCUACAUCCCAAUGCACACUCUGAUGCUCCGCGACGGUGCUCUUUACUUCGGCAUAAUGGUUCUGGCCAAUCUCGGGAACAUUUUCACAUUCUAUUUCGCGGGGGUAUUAGCGGGCUCCUUGUCGACAAUCGCCAGUUGCAUUUCAGUGACGAUGGUCUCUCGACUGAUGCUCAAUCUUCACGAAAGAUCGACGGGGGGUAUCCUCUCCGACUUCCCAACACAAACCCACUUCAGUCUGAGCUCCUUCAUGGGCCCGGGCCUGCCGAUACAUGCGGUGCAAACCCAAGACGAGGGUUUCGGUGCCGCACCUCAACAAGGAAAUGCAGAGGCUGGGCCUUCAAUAGGCGUUGUUCCAAGCACUAACCACAACGACUGA